CAACACGGUCUCCUCCAGCAGAAAACGAAAGGUUCAAGACCCGUCCGACGACGACCCGGCAGCCAAGCGUGUUGCCACCUCUCCCGCCGUCGACGAAACUACUCCCUCCGUCACCACGGCCAUGUCCAGCGAUGAAGACAUGUCCGACCGCAUGUCGGAGGACGACUACGACAACGAUAGCUUGGGCGAGCUAGACUCGGAGUUCGAUGAUGACGAUAACGAUCAGUUCCUCGACGACGUGAAGGACGAGAAACCGCAGAAGAAGGCGUACGAAGUUGAUUUCAAAACGUUAUCGUCGGGCGAGGUGCGGGCGGAACAGGUCUCGCAAGUCACAGAACUAUCGGACCUCUUCGGGUUGUCGUCGGAGCAGUGUGGGAUCCUCCUGCGCCAUUUCAAAUGGCAGAAGGAACGGUUGAUCGAGCGAUACAUGGACAACAUGGAGCGGGUCCUGGAGGAGGCUGGGCUCGGCUCGGAGUACGCAAUCACCCCGGUGCUCGAGAAGAUCCCCGGGUUUUCGUGCGAUAUCUGCUGCGAUGAGGGCCGGAGGCUGUUGACCUACUCGAUGAAGUGUGAUCACCGGUAUUGUGCAAACUGCUACCGGCAAUACCUGGAAUCGAAGAUCAAGGAUGAGGGGGAAGCUGCACGCAUACAAUGUCCGUCGGAAGGGUGCACGCGGAUCGUGGAUUCGAAGACGACGAAGCUUCUGAUUGCGCCCGAGGUCUACAAACGCUACGAGGAGCUCUUGAACCGAACAUAUGUCGACGACAAACAGAACCUCCGGUGGUGCCCUGCGCCCGAAUGCGAGUUUGCUAUAGACUGUCCUGUGCGGUCAACAGAACUCCACAAGAUAGUACCUACGGUCACAUGCAACUGCGGGAACCGGUUCUGCUUCGGGUGUGGACAGAGUGACCACCAGCCGUGUCCGUGCUCACUGAUCAAGAAGUGGCUCAAGAAGUGUGAGGACGAUUCGGAAACGUCGAACUGGAUAUCAGCACACACCAAAGAGUGCCCGAAGUGCGUGUCGACGAUCGAGAAGAAUGGUGGCUGUAACCACAUGACUUGUCGGAAGUGUAAGCACGAAUUCUGUUGGGUGUGUAUGGGGCCUUGGAACGAGCAUGGCACGAGCUGGUACAACUGCAACCGAUACGAGGAGAAGAGUGGGUCGGAAGCACGGGACAACCAGGCAAAGUCUCGGGCAUCUCUGGAGCGUUAUCUCCAUUACUAUAACCGUUAUGCCAACCACGACCACUCGGCAAAGCUCGACAAGGAUCUCUUCAUCAAGACGGAGAAGAAGAUGACGAUGCUGCAAUCCGCGUCGGGGAUGUCCUGGAUCGAAGUGCAGUACCUCGCUCAGGCGUCGUCGGUCUUACAGCAGUGCCGCCAAACCCUCAAGUGGACGUAUGCCUUUGCGUUUUACCUCGAGAGAAACAACAACACGUACAUCUUCGAAGACAACCAGAAGGAUCUAGAGAUGGCGGUUGAACAGCUUAGUGAGCUCUUUGAGAAACCCCCGGAUCAGCUCCGCGAGAGCAAGAAGGAGAUGAUGGAUCGUACCGCAUACGUCAACAAUCGUCGCCGGAUCCUGCUGGAGGAUACGGCGCAGGGUCUCAAGAAUGAACGAUGGGCGUUCACGGUCGACGUGUAGAUGGAGGUCAACCUAGCUAACUCUGCAGUGCGUUUUUACUCGGUUCAUUCUGCCGGAUAAUAGGAUGUGUAGACAUUGGUUG